AUGCAUUGUAGCAAAUGUAAAUCUACUGAACACAAUGUGAGGUUCCAUAAGACAAAACCACAGGCUUGUCAAGCUUCUCAAGCUAAUGACACUCAAGCCUCUCAAGCCAUUGGUAUGCAAGCUUCUCAAGGCAUUCACAUUGGUGAAUCUUCUCAAGCAAUGGUUUGA